CCACAGUGCUGAAUCUUAAUUGGACGGUGGAUGUUGCGUCGUGUUCCGCCGCACACACAAAAAGUAAAAAAUUAACAAGUUGAGUGUAAAAAACAAAACGGAUUUUUUCGAGAUUAAAUAGUUGUGUGAAUAGUUAUGAAUAUACCCGAAUGGCAGACAAUACCAACGCUGGUACUGGAGCAAAUAUUCGAUUAUCUCGAUUCGCGAGACCGCCGAGCUGCAGCCAAUUGUUGUUGGGCAUGGCGACAACAUUUUUUUCAAAGACGCUACUUUAGGAACUUUCGCUUUCACAUUGACGUGGCCCAGGAUGAUCAACUGACGUUCUUCCAUCGCUGCAUGUCCAAUCUGGCCAAGGAGCUGGUGAUUGUCUUCAACUUCGACAAUGCUUUUCACAUCCAAAAGAUACGUGGCCUGCUCUACAAGGCGGCACGCUGUGAUAAUAUUCGCGCUCUACGUUUCCAAACCAACAGUGUGGGCUUAAUAGCUCCGGGAAAUGCACACAGCGAUCAACUGGUGGCCAUAGAACAAUGCUUUGUGGAGCCCUUGAAGAUGUUUCUCAGUCGCAAGAAUCAAGCUUGCCAAGUAUUGGAUCUGGGUGGCAUUGAAGCACUCACCUACUAUGGCUACGAUCUGCUGAAGGCCAUGGGCAAGCCUCAAGAGUUGUUGCAGUUGACGCUGGCCAGCAUUAAAUACGAUCCCAAUCAUUAUCCCAUCCUCGAGCUGGACACAACGCUGCUCCAGAAGUGCGCCUCACUUCAAGUGCUCUCGCUGGAUUACGACACACUCAGCGAUGAGCUGCUGCACACGAUUCAAGUGCUGCCGUUGCGCAAGUUGCUCAUCGUUGUCCAUGGCUUGGAUCGUGAUGAGCAUGCUGGUGUCUCGGAUGCUGCCUGGGCGAAUUUCUCAAUGCAUUUCACACAAAUCGAACUGGUGCUGACACUUGUCUAUGCCUACGAGGCCGUUGAGCUGCUCGUCAAUCGCAUUGUGGGCGAUCACAUGCCCGUAACACACAUACGCAUUCUGUUCUGUGAGUAUAUGAGCCAUGAUGCCAUCGAUGGCCUGUCGAUGGCCAACAGCGACACGUUGCGCAGCAUCUACUACAUUGAUUCGGGCAACAAUCGCGGCCAUAGCAACUACUUAAGCAAUAUACGCGGUCAGGAUGCGUUCGUCAUGUUGGCCUGGCGUUGCAAACAGCUCGAGGAGAUCGUUGUCCAUGGCCAUCCAAUGGAUCCGCACAAUUUGCUGGGCAUUGCAAGGCUGCGAAGUCGUCAGCUGCGUCGCGUUGAAGUAUCGCAAAUCAAUUGGCCCAACGGUGAACCGCAAUACGCCUUCAACGAUGAAAUGUGCAAGCUGUUGGGACAACGUUGGAGACUGCUCAAAUACGAACAACUGCCGGCAGCACUCGACUACGGACCCGUCGACUACGAUGAACGCAAUGAGUUUGUCUACGAGUUGUUGCGUCGGGAUCUACAGAUCCAUUAAAAAACGGAAAAACAGGACACGCACAAACCAAAAAUCGAAAUAAGCAAUGUCAUUAAUUUAGUAACAUUCGACAAUUGUGCAAAGCUGCAACAGCAACAAACAACAAAAAACAACAUGACACGUGAUCAAAUCGAGCGCAUAGAAAUUUGUAGCGUUUAGUAGACUAGUUAAAAGUUAAACACACAGCAACUAAAUAGAAAAGCGAUCAGUAGCCUUUUUUGUUAAGUUAUAAAAGGAAUUUUUUGAUAAUGUGACAUUCGAGGAACUUAUAAUUGGCAAGCCUUUAUACAACUUACAAUAUUAUGAUUACUCUUGACUAUGUUUAAACUAUGUAAACUAAAAACUUGAACUUUUACGUUUUGGCCACACAGCAAAACAAAAAACAAAAAGAUAUAGCAAAAGCAGAAUAUAAGUAGAAAGAAGCAAGACUUGAACACUUCGAGAAAUGAGAAUGCGAAUUGUAAACAAACAAAAAACGAGCAGAAUUUGUUGUAUAAACCAAGUAGAACAACAACUAGCGAAUAUAGAAAAGAGACAAAAAAAAAGAAGGAGUAGGAGAGAUGAGAGAUAAACAUCAUUUUAUAAGCAACAACAACUGUGAUUCAAACAAAAUGCAAGCAAAGCAGCAAAAGCAAAGCCAGUUACAGAGCAGCGCGCAGUAGCUACAAAAACAAAACAAACAAACAAAAAACAUCCAAGAACAACAAACAAACAAUUGUUAAGCAAAUUGUCUAGUUAGCUAAGUAGAAUACUAUAAACAUAAAUAUGUGUUGAAAAUGUUUGUAAACCAAAAACAAAAAAGCGAAAAAAAAAACGACCAAUGUCAAAUUGUUAGCUCAAUCAAUUGGCUGAAAAAAAAAAAUGAAAACAAACAAAAUUGUUAACUUUUGUAAUAUGAGAAGAAGAACAAAUAAUGUGUAAUGCGAAGUUGGCGCUAAAUUGUGAUAAACAAAAAACAACAACAAAUGUAACAAGAACAUGACAACAAAAGUACGCAAAGCGCCAUCAUUUGUGUAGUCUUUAAAAGUGAUAUUAGCAGCUUUUAUGUAAAGCAAACAAAAGCAUAUUGUAAACAGCACACAACAACAACAGCUGUGUGUGUGUGUGUGUAGCUUGAUAAAAAACUAAAACGAGACAUGCGUUAGCCAAAAAAAAAAAACCUGAAUCGAAACAAUCCAAUUCGUAAAACCGAUUCAAAACCGAAUCAAUCAAUCAACUUGAGUAUUUUGUAGCAACAAACAGGCAUUCAUUUAUACAAUCAUCUACUAUAUUUUUACUUAUGUUUGCACAAAAAUGCAGUUAGGAUACAACUGUUGUCAGGAUAGUUGAUUGCCCGAGACUAACAACAACAACAACAUGAAGAAGAAAACGGUACCUGAAGAUCAACUUUGAGCAUUUAGCAAAACCAACUCACAAAGCGAGGAAUGAAAUUGCUCAAAUUAAGCUAUCUAACAAACAAACAAAUCUAUUAAAACGAAAGACUGACAACAACAAACAAACAAAAACGUUGCAAUGCUCAUUGCUGGAGCCGGGCCAACUAUCCAACAAAAACCAAAAAAAGAACAA